AUGGAUAGGCAUUUCCUACCUGUGCAUGGUCCUUCUGAGGGUGAGGUCAAAAUUCAGAAACAUUACCAUCCCAUAGCUCAUCAGCAUCCUCACAAAGAUCAUUACCACCACAACCAAUAUCACCACCAAGGAUCAAACAGUCACAGCUCUUCAAGUAGUCAUGGGAAUAGUCAUGAUCCCCAUCACCAUGAAAAUAAGCAUCAUUAUCACAGGAAUCCCAAAGUGGCUGCAGACCCCCAUGGCUUCACUAAAAGUUCUUCCUCCAGCCUGUCUUCUUCUUCUUCCCCUUCUUCAUCUGCCUCCUGGACUUCAGAGCCCAGCUUGGAUGAUGAGAUGUAUCUUACGUACAACAAACCCCAGCAUUCCCUGUCCUGCUCCAACAUUCCAGAGGUCCAGCAGAACAUUCCUGAAGGAGAAUCUGAGGACUUUGAUUUUGAUCAUAGACGUCCAUUACAUUUUCAAAACCCGAAGCAGCGCCACAGCCUAGAGUAUUCUGGCCAACUGCCUCCAAGUUCCCAGCAUGGACGUAGCACACCAAAACUCUGCCGGGGCCACAGCAGAAGUGUGGAGCGUCUCCAGCAAAACAAGUCCAGAGCCUGUUACUCUGGAGAACAUUCCCCAAUGGAUCACGGCCCACUGUACAAGACUGCAAGCCUGGGACAAAGUCUGAAUGUUGAAAGCACUCUUAGGGGCAGAGGAGUGCCCAAGAAGGCUGCAUCAUCUAUUCAUUUGCCCAGCAAGGGAAUUCUGAAAAACAAGGAUGAGGGCCAGAAAGGAGGCAACUUUAGGAAGGCUAAGUCUUUGGAAGUGCUCUCAACCAGGGUGGAAGUCACAGGAACAUCCAAGCAGAGCUCCAUGAAAGUAGCGAGGGAAAGCUUUGUGAAAGGGAAGCUUCAAUUCUCUGCAUUUUUGGAUGAGAUCACCAAACAGGUUAUCAGUCCCUCUACACUUAACUCUCUUGGUGUCACCACACAGACACCCCAAAAAUCUCCUAAUUUAGAACGCAAGCAGUACGGUGCCAGGCAAAAGCAGGACAGUGUCAUGCCACCACCAAAGCAACAGCCCAUCAGAGCUGAGAGACCUGAUUUAGGAAAGACUGUCUCUGAUUCCAGCUCACACUCACGAUUCAAGAAAUCCCAAAUGGGCAAAAACCACACCCAAAACCUAAGCUGUCCUCCUCCCCCACCACCCCGCCACCCUUCUAAAUCUGAAAGACAAGGGACUGCUUCUGAUAAACAGCACCACUGGCAAUAUUCUCAGCUGCUCACUGAUGGAACCAGCACCAGCCCCGAGCCUUGCCAGAGCCACCUCUCUAAACACAAAGGAUGCCAUCAAGGCAGUCAUGGCCCAUCCAGGCAUUUGCAUACUAAACAGGAGUACAAGAGCUCCCCUCCUCCUCUCCGAGCCCCAGGGUUGGAUUCAGAGUCUCCAUCAAGCAAAUCAUCCACCAGCUCAGAGAAAAGUGACAAACCCAAACACAUGGGACACCGAAGGCACUCUAAACCACACAGGGAUUCGGUCAGUGCUGUGGACAAAGUUCAGUUGCUGGAACAGUACAACAAAGAGCUGCAUGAGAACCUGUUGCAGACUGUGGCAUGCAUUGAGAACAUGGAGGGUGAAUUGCAGUGUACCAAGGCAGAGUUGGCCAACUUCAAAGAGAAAUACAGAAGGCUUCAAGAGAGCUAUUCUGUUUCUCAGCAGGCAGUCAGUGUCCUGGAGCAGAAACUCAAGUCUAUGGUAGACAGCUUGCAUGAGGAAAGAAAGUUCCUCAUGCAAAAAGUUGUGGUUCUAACUAAACAGCUGGAUACUGCCCAGAAGACUGUCGUAUCUUUGGAAAACAUCAAUGUUCCCUCUUUGAUUAGAGAGCUGUUGAAAAAGCAUGUUGACUCUCAGGAAGCAUUGGAAAACUUCUUGUUUCCCCAAAUAUCCCCAGGCCAAUCUGACAGUGACCAAUCAAGGACUCAAGAGUUCAGAGAAAAUUCAUCAUCUGUUGGAAAGGGGGAAGAACGAGUGUUUGAAUGGUCACACCCUGGAGAGAAAUGCUCAGAUGCCAGCCAACAGCUUGUUAGAGCAUUUUUGCCAUGGAAACAUGAUCAUGAUCCGUGGUCAGGGCCAGAACUGCUCAGAGUUAAAGGAAGUGACUCACAACUUCCUUCCUCUGUAGCUGAUGGUGCAUUAAUCUUAAAAACAAUAACAGAUGCAAAGACCUCAAGUCAUCAAUUGUAUAAAUUAGCCAUGAAUACAGAUACCGACAUUGUUGCCAUGCCAACACACAGUUGUUAUGACACUACCACAAACCCAUACAUCCUAGAAGACAUGGGGCUCAAAACACAGACAGGUGGUGAGUCAAGAAGAGAGUGUACUACCACUGUGGGGAAAGACCCCAAUGAUGCCACCUAUCUUACAACACAGAGGAUGCUAGAUAAUUUGUUGAGCCAGAUUCCUCCACUCCCAAAAUAUGACGGUGAUGGAAAACAGACAGGAACUGGGGCCAGGGAACUAGCCGGAGGACAUUAAUGACAUUAGAUUUUAGGUCUUUCCCAGUAAACUGUAAAAUAACUGGUUAAAAGUAACAUGGCUUGGUUGUAAGUAAGUAAAUAAUUAUGAUGUCAACAAAUGAUUUUGAGCCACACCCUUUAAAGUAAUUUAGUUUAGUAAUUUAGGGCAUGAGGCAAGGUGAAGUAUACAAGGCCUUUCUUGUCCAGGGGUUACAUGCCUGGUGAAGUCAUACUAGUAGCACCGCCCUAACAACAGACCCGAGGGACCUAGGUUUGCCUUUGAGCCCUCCAAGAAACCUCUGAUGCCCCUGCUCUGGGUCACUUGAUCAAGGGCCACUCUGUCCACCCAAAACUUAUAAGUGCCCCACCAAAGACUGCACCCUAGUACUGGCCCUGCUGAGUAGACACAAGUGAGACACAAGGUCUUUUUCUCAGGGAAAAAGAUAUGAGAAGCAAGAGUCUUCUGCAAAAGUCUACAUUUGAUCUUGUUGCUGCCUAAGAGCUGAAAUAUGAGUGGUUCAAUGUACAUGUGGCAAAGUAUCCUCUAUUGUUGUGUUACUUUUUGCCCCAAUGUAUAAUAUUAAAUGUUUAACCACAUUAUUCAAAUGGUAUUUAUUUCACCAUAUA